GUAACAUUGAGGAAGAAGACAAAGUCUGUAGUGCCAAUUGAGUUGAUUCCAGUGAUUUUGCUGCCCAUAUGUUCAACCCCAACUCUCGGUAGGCGAAGUCUAGCCGGGGUGCCUGCCUCAACUGUCACCCUCUCUGUAAUCUCAGUCCAUGGCCCGAGAUUUUGA